AUGCUCCAGAUCGAACAGACGAACUUAUUGCUUGAGAAGACGGUGAACGAACGGGUGCACCACCCGCAGGGGGAGCCGUUGCGCCUGGUCGACCGCAUUGUCUCCGACUUUGACUUCUGCACCUUCCACGUGUCGACGGCGCCCGAGGCGAAGACGACGCUUAUCAUCAGUCUCUACGUCAAGUGCUGGGACGACUUGGCCCGCUACGGCGCCCGUGCCUACUUGGACAGCAAGUACGGGCGCUACCCCGAGAUCACGGUGGCGGCGGCCCCCGAACAGGGGUACAACUACACCCUCGCCGUCGACACCGGCGCCCUUGGCGCCCACGGCGACGCCGCCUACGUCGCCGAAGCGGUAGGGGAUAUCGCCCUCCUCAAGCGCCACGCGAUGGCGGCGCCGUUCGAGCAGGCGUUUGCCCGCUACGACGAGCUCGCCCGCGAGUACGGCAACGUCGACACCUACGCCGAGGACGUCAAGGCGCAGUUGGCGGACGAGCCGGUGCUUGUCAUCAAGUACCGCGGCCACGACGAGGGCAUCUACAUCAAGCCGCUGUUUGACCGGGUGACGGUGAUCUUCUCGACGGUGUUCCAGGACGAAACCGACAAGAUCUUCGGCAAGGUGUUUUUGCAAGAGUUUGUCGACGCCCGCAAGCGGCGGGUCCAGAACGCCCCCCAGGUGUUGUACUCGCACCGCGACGCCCCGCUGGACAUCGCGGCGUUGGUCCCCGCGGCGCACAACGACAACAAGGGCUACGUCACCUUGGUGUUGUUCCCGCGCCACUUGUUGCCCCACAAACGCGAGUACUGUAUCACCCACGUCCAGGUGUUCCGCGACUACUUCCACUACCACAUCAAGUGCUUCAAGGCCUACAUGCACUCGAGAAUGCGCACCCGGGUCAAGGACUUCUUGAAGGUGUUGAACCGGGCCAAACCCGACGCCGACGACGACGACAAGACGCGCAAGACCGCCACCGGCCGCCGCUUCGAACAGCGGGUGUAG